AUGAUUAAGCAGGUAUUUACCUCUUCAAAACCCAUCUCAAAUUUUGUCAUUCCUCCUACACAACCAUUCUUACAUGAUGAAGACCAUGAAGAAGAGAAUGACCAUGUCAAUCAUGAUGAAGAGCACAUCUCUGGAGAUUUUCUCAUUCAUUCACCUGGUGUCAAUAGUGCUGGUGAGUUAUUUAGUAUCACACAAGCACAUACACCACUUCGAAGUGGAUCAUGGUCCAACAAGAGUAGUCGAAGAAAUUCUCAAAAUGUGAUGGUGCCCACCACUCCACUUCCCUUGAAGCCUCAGAGUGUCAAUGAUAAUUCUUCAGCAGUUCAAGAACAACAACAACAACAACAAUUAGGAACAGAGUCUGCUCAUUCAACAACUAGUAGUGCUACUAUUACAGCUCAACCAAAGAGUGGUGGUGGUGACUCUCUUCUUCGACAUGAAUCAUCCUCUCUCGACAUGCUUCAGGAAUUACAUGAUCCAAGAAGUAGAUCCAAUAGUGCACUCUCCAAUUACACUAUGAGUACUCCACAACACAGCAAUAAUGUCCUUUCUACCACGCAACCACUCAUGUUUGAGAGUAGUGGUGUGGAAAAUGAUGAUCAUGUCUUUCAUUCUGAACAAGAUUUCGAAGAUACUGAUGAACAAUAUGCAGAUCCAUGUGAAGAAUUAGAUGAUUCCUAUGAAAUUCAGAGAGUCUCUCAUUAUACCAACUCUGAAGCUAUCAUUCAUGAUGUGUUUGAUGUCAAUACUAAGGAAACUCUUGAACAAGUGAUUACUCAAUUAAAUCAUGCAGAAGAGGAACUUGAUAGAGAAGAAGAGAUUCUACACCCCACGUCGUCGUCGACUCAGCAUGAUGAAACCAUGUUUACCAUUCCAGAUCCACCCUCUCAAUCCAAUAUUCAAAGCAAACUUGUUCACUAUUUAAAGUAUCUUUCUCAUUCUGUUGAAAAUGUGAGAAUUCAAUCCGUACAAGGCAUGAAACAAGUAUUGACUUGUGUCUUCUCAUCAGGAUGUUUGAAAUCAAAACUUUUAGAUGAUCUCUAUUAUAGUAUUGUUGAGACGUUAACAAUGACCAUUCAAUUAUUCAAAUCUCAAUCCAAAUAUCUCAACAGAGAAAUUAUAUCACUCUUCCAUUUGUUAUCCAACUAUUGCACACGUCAAACCAUUCAUUCCAUGAUUGAUGUAUUAAGAGAUAAGAAAUUAUUUGAACUCUAUGAUAGUGUGAUUACACUCUUCUUUAAAAUUGGUGAUCGAGCCAUUCGUAUGAUACUUGAUCAUUUAGAAAAUGAUACAGAAUGGAAUAAUAUCAUUAUCACACAUAUUGUGAAUCAUCCACUCAUCGUUGAGAAUGUGGUCAUUCCAAUUCUUUGUAAGGAGUGUUUAUCAUUUGAUAUUGAUAAACGAACAUGUGCAGUGAGAGCUAUCAAACAUUUGGGAAUGAUUGCAAAUAGUGCUCUUCCAACUUUGGUGAACAUGUUAAUGGAAGGUCAUGCCAAUAGAAUUCUCAUUGGUGAAGCGAUUCGUGCGAUGGGUGAUGAAGGUGAAAAAACUCUCCUCUCCAUCAUGAAUCAAUGUCAUGUCUUUAAAGUGAGAGAAGCCAUUUUGACUGUUCUUGGUCAAUUACCCUAUUGUGUUAAUUCUAAUUUAACGAUUUUAGCAAAUUCUGAUAUUCAUUGUUACAUUCCAUCUCCAACUCCAAGAAUAUUCUAUUAUUAUGCUGGAGAUGCAAGCAAAGAAUUACCACCAUUUCUGUUAUUUGAUUCAAAGGAAUUAAUUGCAUUAACACGACAAUUCUUGAAUGAUCAUCCUAAUAGUAUUGCCAUGAAUUCUAGAGACAAGCAUAGAAUGACGAGUAGUAAUAAUAAUACUAUGAAUAGUAGUAGUAAUAAUAAUAUGAACAAUAAUAUCAAUGGUAAUAAUACUAUGAAUAGUAAUCAUAUCAACCAAACAACCAAGGAUUCUCUUGAAUAUAUUUGCAAACCUGAAAUGACUCUUCUCUAUGCCAUGGCAUGCUCAAUGAAAUCCAUCAUUUACAACAAUCAUCAAUCGAGUCGACCCAAUUUGAGUGGUAGCCGUUCUCAUCCUACUUCAAUCAUUUUAAAUAUUUCAAGUAUAUUAGGAAAUAGUAUGAAUCAUUCAAGUCUCUCUACAUAUCAACCGAAUGCUAGUGGUAAUAGCAAUUGUAAUAGUACAUUUAUGAAUUCAGAUCAAUUGAAUAAUUCCUUCUCAAUUUUAAAAUCUUAUUAUUUAAAAGAAAGAAAACGAGUGAAAAGAAUGAACCAUAGUUUCACUUCACAUCGUGUCGUGAAUUCUAAUCAUCAUCAUCACGAUGGAUGGAGUGAUCAUACUCGCUGUGUUUGCACCAUAGAAAAGACUGAAAUUACCAACAUUUCACCUGAGUGUGUUCAUUGUUUGAUUCAUAAUGUUCAAUAUCCUGAAGAAUCUGUUCGAUAUGCUAGUGUCAAAUCCAUUGAAUCCAUCAUUUCAGUUCAAGUACCAUGCUUUCUACAAGUACUUGAUGUGUUGAAAAAGGAAGCUCUCAUGGAUUCAUCUCAUCGAGUGAGAGCAAGUGCAUUGCAAGCUCUUGCCAAGAUUGGAACAGAAAUGACUCAAAAGAAGAGUCGUCAACAUGACUCGACAACGUGUUGGCGACGAGAGAAUUCAUCAAUGUUUGGCAAAUCUCUGGAUUCCAUAGAGGGUGAUGACAAUCAUAAUACCAUUGAUGAUGAUUUUGAUGAUUGGAAGAAUGAAUCAUCAUCCAAUAAGAAUCCAACCAGUCUCGAAGAAUCUUUUCGGCAUUGUAGAAUGAGUGGUGUCCAUAACAGUACUAGUAGUAAUAAUAGUAAUUGUACUAGUAAUAACAGUACUAGUAGUAAUAAUUGUACUAGUAAUAAUAAUACUACCAGAAAUAAUAGUAAUAAUACUACCAGAAAUAAUAAUAGUACCAGUAAUAGUACUAGUAAUACUUCUAAUCAAUUGAUCCUUUCAAAACAUGAAAAGAGAAAUCUCCUCUCUAAAAUAUUGCCACUCUUAAAAGACACACAUUGGAAUGUCAGAAUGGCUGCAUGUCAUGCCAUGUCUUGUCAUCAUGUUCAUAUUCUUCAAAUGUCCAAUUUUGAUAAGGAAUUUUACAAAUUAAUAUUUCAUUACUUGAUUGGAGUAUUGAAAGAUGGUUCAAUUUCAAGAAAUGAAGUUUCGAAAUGUCUUUCUCUAUUAGAAUAUGAUGGAAUAUCUCAAUUAAUCUAUCUAUUAAGACAAGAUGUACAAUCCAUGAAUAUUCAAGUGAGAAUAUCGUGUGCUUAUGGUCUAAGUUUGAUUGAUUUAGAAUCACCAUAUAUAGAUCGAAUUAUUGAAAGUUUGUUCAUGACUUGUAGUUGUACCAUCAAGACACCACCUCUCGUGAGAAGAGCAGCCAUUAAGGCAUUGGGAGCACUUUCCAAGAAAUCUCACAACAAACUCACGUAUUUGGGUCCGCGCACAUUACUUCCAUUUUUGUAUGGAUUUCUAAAAGAUCGACAAGUGGGUGUUCGUCAAAUGGCAUCUCAAGUCUUGGCACAGAGUGGUCCUUAUGGUGAAUUAUUAUUAAUGGAAGGAUUGUUAAAAGAUUCCAAUCAUCUCAUUCGAGCAAGUGCAGCAAUGGGAAUGAUUCAUUUAGGACCUAAAACAAUUAUUACAAUAUUAUUGGCACUUUCCAAUGAAUAUCAUCCACAAAUAUGUCAACAUCUAUUUGAAUGUAUUGAAUCGUUUAAAUUGGAUGAUAUGAUUGAUGUCAUUAUGGGUGAUUCUAAUGAGUCAUUGAAUGCAAUUGAUGGUCACUACGAGAGUAAUAAUAGUAGGAGUAGUAGGAGUAGUAGUAGGAGUAGUAGUAGUAGUAACAGCAGUAACAAUCAUUCCAUGAAUAGUAGUGUCAAUGUUUCAUCCUCCAUCUCUCAAAAUAUUGAAUCCAUUGCCAAUGCCAUUCGUGAUAUUUUGUCAAGAUUUGUUUCGUCGGCUCAUUUAAAACAACAUUCCAAGCAUGUUGUUCGAAGUGUGAACAAUCAAAAUGUUGGAAGUCAUGUUUUAGUAGCUUCUCCACAAGCUCUUCAAAUACUCGAAGAAUUAUUGCAAACUAUUGAACGAAGAAGGAAACGAAAUUGUUAA